UGACGUGGAUUAGUAAAAAUCCGUUUUACAUUAUUGAUUAUUUUGGAGUGUUAAGAUUUUUAUAAAUAUUAAAAUUUAAUAAAAUAAGUUUAGAUAUGGGCAUGGCUUUUAAAACGCAGCAUUUUUCGUGCUACUUAAUCAAAGCCUAACACGUUUAAUUCGUUAAAAACCGUGAAUGUGACUAUUUUUGAGAAAAUAUUUCUAUGAGCAGUUUUGGCUUUACUGGACAAAAUACGUUUAUAAUAACGCGAAAAGAACGAAAAAGACAUGCUGCGUUUACGACCCAGCAAUAUUAUUCAAUUCUACAAAUAUGUAUUUUCAGAAUUAGCGGAUCCUCGCACCAACGAUUGGUUCCUCAUCUCCAGCCCUAUUCCAGGGCUGAUCAUCGUCUUCCUAUACCUUCAGUUUGUGACCAAAUGGGGUCCACGCUUCAUGGCAAAGAGACCUGCCUUCCGGCUUCAGAAGACCCUGGUGGUGUAUAACUUUCUGCAAGUUUGUUUAAGCUGCUGGAUUGUCUAUGAGGGCCUGGAUGCUGCCUGGUUGCGGCACUAUAGUUGGAAAUGUCAGCCAGUUGACUAUUCCAAUAGCCCUGAAGGAAUGAGAGCAACCCGAUGCGUGUACAUAUACUUCCUGGCGAAAAUCACAGAGCUCUUGGACACAGUAUUCUUCGUUCUCCGAAAGAAGAACCGCCAGAUCACCUUCCUCCAUCUGUACCACCACGCUGCUAUGCCCAUGAUCUCCUGGGGAGCGACUAAAUACUACCCUGGAGGGCACGGUACUUUCAUCGGCCUCAUAAACUCUUUUGUGCACAUCUUCAUGUAUGCGUAUUACAUGCUGGCCGCCCUAGGUCCUGAGUACCAGAAGAAAUUAGUCUGGUGGAAACGGCAUAUCACUACACUACAAAUGGUCCAGUUCUGCUUAUCGUUUCUCCACUCCUCUCAACUCCUCUUCUACGACUGCGGCUACCCUCGCUGGACAGUCGUCUUAACUCUUCCUAACUCCAUAUUUUUCUAUUAUCUCUUCUACGACUUCUAUUAUCAAGCGUAUAAGAAACCUAAUGACGUUGUAAAAGUUAAUGGUCACAAUGGGGUGAAAUUAGAAAGAAUAGAAGAAUAUGAAGAGAAAGAAGGGAGUGUAGCUAACGGGAUAAAAAUGAGAGUAGGAAAUAAGUAUGAAAGAUAAUGUAGUUUUAUGAAAAUAAAGACGGACCAAAGUAAUA